AUGCUUUCAUUUUCUGUGUUUGCUAACUUUAAAGGCCAAAUCUGUCCUGCUGUUGUGACAAUGGCAGCUAGAAAUAUCACUUUCAUCAGCGACUUAGACAAUAUGAGGGAUGAUUACACACUAAAAGUGUGUAUCAUCCGGUUGUGGAGAUCAUUUUCCGAAUCUGACCCCACUGUUGUGAAAUCAAUUGAAAUGAUAUUAAUGGAUGAAAUGGGUACAAAAAUCAGAGCCAGUGUCUACCGAAAAGAUUUCCAAAGGUUUGACUCCAAGCUGAAAGAAGAUGACGCUAUUUACAUCCGAUCCCCCACUAUAGCUCCAAACAAAUACACUUUUAAAAUAAGUGAUGUAACCUCCAAGUUAAACUUGCAUGGACAAACAACUGUUCAUGAGUGUCUUGGUUUUCAAUCCAAAACAAAAUAUGAGUUUUGUUUUGUAUCGUUUGAAACCAUUAUCUCUGCGACAACUACAUCUAAUAUCUCAAUUGAUGUUAUAGGUGAAGUUGUUUCGUUAGGCAAGCUGGAUUCCCGUGAUGUUAGCAAAUCGAAACAUAGGCUAACUUUACAAAUCAGAAACUUAGAAGGUUUGCAAGUUAACGUCAUAUUGUUUGCAGAUUUCGCAUACCAAGUGAUUUCUUAUCUUGAAGCUCAUAAACAAGUUGGUCGUGUGGUUAUUAUUUUGCAGUUUGCAAGACUUAAUGUCUAUAACGGAAUUCCUUCUGUUAACAAUUAUUUUGAUCACACACGUAUGUUCAUAAAUGCUGAUCUUCCCGAAAUUGUGGCCUUCACAGAUAGCUUGGUUGGAUUACGAGGAAUUCAAAACCCUUCUUCUUCUUUGACUUUUGAUAGCUCUCAAUCAUACAAUGAAUAUGAAGACUUUUUGAAUAAUCACAAAGUUAAAAAUGUUGUCGAUUUGCUAGAACCACAAGAGGUCGGGAAAUUUAUCAUUGUUGGUACAAUUUACGGUAUACGACAAGAUAUUGAUUGGUAUUAUGAUGCGUGUUCAAACUGUGGAAAGAAAGUUGAUCGAAGAGAUGUUUUUAGCGGUCCAGAUAGUGGUGAUGCAAGUGUGGUUGUUGAAUGCUCUACUGAUAAGUGUAAAAAAAAAGAGAUUUCUUCAGCUCCAAGGUAUAAAAUACCUAUUCGUGUCCAAGAUGAUUCUGGCACAAUCACACUAACUCUGUUUGAUAGAGAUGCUUAUAGACUUGUCAAACAACGUGCAAGUGAGCUCAUAGAGAAAAUCAAACAGGCUGGGGAUAAUCCGAGAAUGUAUCCUUAUGACCUCAAAUGUCUGGUACAUAAAAAGAUGGCAUUCAAGAUAGAUGUUAAUAGAUUCAACGUAUCCAAUAACUACAAUCGGUUUGGGAUACUUGGCUAUACGCUUGAUAGUAACGUUAUCAAUGCUUUGGAAAAAAAGUUAUCUGUUGAGGCAGGUAAUUCUGGAAAUCCUGAUGAUACAGAAAUCGCAUCUCACGAAGCAUCUCACGAAACGAAGUCGUUGAAGGACGCCAUCUCACAGACCGGUGAUAAUUUGACGCCUUCCAUGCCCGACAAAUCAGAAGCUACAAGUCCCUUCAAGUUUAAUUCACCCCCAAAUGUAAAAAAACGAAACGUUGGAGAUACAAUUGAUGUUGAUGAAUAUGAUAAUGUCAAUUCGUCUACAAAAGUACCGCGCUUGAAUUCCAAGGUCGAUGGCAACACAGAAACAUUCAAAGGAGUGGUCAAUCGAAACAAAAACGUAUGCACAUCUAUGUCAAAUGGGAAAAUGUCAAAACAACCAAUGUUACAAACACCUUCAUAUUUAAAUUUUAGAACUCCGUUAUCUAACAUUUCCAAUGUCAUGGAUAUCUCCAAUAACAGUUUUCAAGCACCCUUACCAAACAUCGGAAUGGAUUCAAACGACAAAAUCAACGGAGUUGUUCGUCGAAAUAAAAACAUAACCUCAUCUGAAUCAACUGCAAACAUGUCAAAACAAUCAAUUUUACAAAAUCCUCCUUCACAUUUAAAUGUUAGAACUCCGUUAUCUAACAUUUCCAAUGUUGAACUUGCAGAGUUAAAGAAUGCACCUCCAAGUUAUGAAAUUCUUUUUAAAUCUGGAGAUUCUAAAAGCAAACAUUUCAUGAAGAACAUUCGUUCGUACAAUUCUAUGUUUUCUUUUACGUCGAUGGGUGGCAAAAUUGAUUCCUCAAUCAAUAGAGGCAAUGCUCCAUACAUUUUUAGACUUAGUGGUCAAAAUUAUCAUAGUAUCGGAAGCCUUUUACCAAAUCAGGGAUUUAAACCAAAAUUCUCUCAGUUGUACAUAUACGAUACUGAUAAUGAAAUCGCAAAUAGACGAACAUGCUUGGGUGGAGAAAAUCAACGAUCUACAUCAAAUUCUUCUGUCCUUGAUGAUGAUAUUAUACAAGAUUUGAAAUUGAUGUUAGAUUCAAAUAAUGUCUUGGUUCAAUCUUAUAGGAUGGUUAGAGAUUGUUUUAAUGAAAAUCCUUGUGCUGAUAUCAAGUUGAGAAUUAUUGGAAGAAGGGACCAAGAUGGAAGGACAUACAACCUACCGUCUGCUUCUGAGGUAGCAGCUUUGAUUGUUGGAGAUAUUGGUGAUUCAAUUGAUAAUAGAGAUAUUGUUGUUCAAACUUCAUCUGAGUUGACAUACCACAUCGAGGUAUUACAUCUUCAAGCAACAGCAAGCGGCCCAACUGUACAAUGA